AGAGUGCGAUCUAUUCUUUCAAGCGACACGAUCGUCUGCAACAUUUUUCCGUGUUCAAAGUGCGGUGACAACGUUGGGCCUGGGCGGUGUUGGUGUACUGUUGCUAUGAAAAGCGAUCUCUUCUAAUCGAAAGAGUGAACAAAUAUGGAGAUGGUAAUCGCACAAUAUGAACAUCUUCAGGAAAGAAUACUACAAAACGUCAAAUGCAACGGCGUACAACACCGACCAAACGCGAGUAGCGGAUUGUGGUUGGGUAUCUUGGUUGGUUUAAGUGCUGCAGUUACAAUAUUGAGGGAAGAGAACAGCUACUCCGAGAUAUGUCUGUGUGUUGGGACCACAGGCUUUGGUCUUGUUCUCAGUUCCAUUUGCCUUUACACACGGCUUUCUAUAGAGAAAGUUGCGGCAAAAGAUUUUCACGCCAUAUAUUUUCUGCCUGCGAUUGUGACGUCUCUGCUCUUUCUACUUGUGGCUAACAAAGGACUGCUAAUGAGUGUCGUAUGGGGUUUAACUGUCGGGAGUCUGGGCACAUGGAGUGUCCUGCAACUAAUGUCAGCUUUUCCAUAUUGCUUCACUAUGGGAGAGGCAACAGCAGUUAUGCAUAGUUUCGUUUUGUUUUUGAUGUCAGCUGUUACCAAUUUACCCUUGCGAUAUCAUUUACCUCCAAUUCAUGACAAUGACAUCAGCACAGUUGUGUUGCAGGUUGGAAUAUUGUAUGUAGUGUUGGUUUGUCUCCUGUGUGGGUAUUUUCCUAUCCUGCGUAGUUCGAGAUACUUUUAUUUAAUGACAGUCAACCUCAUAUGUUUUAUAACUCUUCCAAUACUUUACAUUAUUCUUGAUCAAAACCCAGUAAUGUGGGUAAUUUCUUUUGUUUUUAGCAGUAAUGAAAGGAUUGCAAUAAUUUUAUAUUGGGCAAUAUGUCUUUUGCUAAGUGUCUUUACAAUUCUGUAUCAGAUAUUAUCAAAAAGCCAAGCUACAACGUCGACUAGAAAAUAUUUUCAUGUAUUAGCGGUAUUUGUAUAUAUCCCUGGCAUGAUAUAUGACCCAUCACUUUUAUAUCUUGCCAGUGGCAUGAUAUUGGCGUUAUUUAUUAUUAUUGAGGUAAUCCGAUUUUUGAACGUGCCACCUUUGGGAGAAAUUUUACAGCAAGGAUUUGCUGCAUUUGCUGAUGAAAAGGACUCUUUGCUCUCAUUGACACCCAUAUAUUUAUUCUGCGGGCUAUCGUUUCCUCUUUGGAUGCCAACUAAUAAUUUGACACUAUUGGUAUUACUCAGUGGUGUGUUAACAGUAGGAAUUGGUGAUACCGCUGCUAGCUUUGUUGGUAACAAAUGGGGUUCGCACAAGUGGUUGGGCACAAAGAAAAGUAUUGAAGGCACUAUUGCGUGCAUAUUUUUCCAAGUUUGCGUUAUAUUCGGUCUAACAUGUUGCGGUCUCAUGGACAAUCACUGGUUAUUGCUGAGAAGCAUUCUGGCCGCCAUAUCAAUAUCAUUGAUCGAAGGGCGCACAAAUCAAAUGGACAAUCUGGCUCUGCCCUUAUUAAUGUAUGUGUGUUUGAUGAUAUAAGCGCGUAUUGUUCUUCCAAAUUCAAUAGCUUAGUCCAAUUAGUUUAAACUAAUUUUUAAAGACAUAAUAUACUAUCAUAUCAUAGCUAAUUUCUAAACGCCUUCUAUAAUGAUGAAAAUAUAAAUAACUUUUAUAGAACGUUUUUAAUCAUCUUUUUAGCUGUCAGAAUAUAAUAUUAUUGAUUGAUAAAUAUAUAUAAUCGCAUAUUAUUUAAUAAACCGUUGCACUGCGCGCAUGUAAUUAGCUGCAAUCGAAGAUUACGGAUUGCUGAUAGACUGCUUAAUUUGUGAGAGACAUUAGCGUUAUUUUUAAUUAAUUGAUUGUACAAAGCAACAUGUAUAAUGGGCAUUUAAUUAGAAAGAUGCAGUUAAUAAGAAAUGUUGCAAUUAUCUUUAUAUAUGUAUAAAUAUGCAUAUACGUUAUGUUAUUAA